AUGAACGCCGCGCAGCAGAAGUACUCAAUCUAUGAUCAGGAACUAUUGGCACUGGUUACCGCUUUGGACAAGUGGUCUCACCUACUUCGGGCUGCAAAGGUAACGGCCUACACGGAACAUCACGCAUUAACACACCUGCAACAGCUUAGGGCAUCCAAACCUUUAAGGGGGCGAACCGCCAGGUGGCUAGAUUUCCUCGCAGAGUUCCCUGAACUGACGAUCUUAUACCUGCCAGGCACACGAAAUCAAGUAGCGGAUGCAUUGUCACGUAAACCCGGAGGGCCUACAACAAGGGCUCCCAGCAGUAUUGACACCCCACAAGGCUCACUGGUUUCCCUCGCACCCGCGGAGGUACCAUUAACCCCACAGCCUGAAACCAGAAGACGACGUAACGACUAUCGACAACUAGCCGGCAUUCGGGCGAGAACGCGGCAACGGCGGAAGAGCGAGAGACCCCCGGAGGUGACCCUGGAUACACAACAGCAGCACGAACGGCCACAGCAACAGACGAGUGCAACACACAAGCCGAAUUCCCUUACACACGCCCUCGACUGGCCAGGGGCAUACUCUAAGUGUCCAGUCUUCCGCGAAGCUUAUACGGUCGCGGCCAAGACCCCAGGAGAAACUGUCCAUGUCGAGAUACACCAACGCCGCUAUGGGUUUAGUCUCCAGCACCCAUACCUGCGCAUAUGUCAGAAUGGCAUUUGGCUGAUAUGUGUCCCACAAUUACCGGAGUUCCUAACGCAUAUACUGUACCAAUUUCAUGAUCACGUCACAGCGGGGCACAGGGGACAAAAGAAGACUUUCUUUGCAAUCAGCAAACAUUACUAUUGGCCUGGGAUGCGCACAUAUACGAAUACGUAUGUGGAUUCAUGUGUACAAUGUCGGGCUUCGAAGAGUGUUUCCCAGAAACCCGCCGGCCUGUUGCAGCAACUCCUGAUACCGUCACGGCGUUGGAGCCACGUGAGCCUGGACUUUAUCACCGACCUGCCACACACACACGCAGGACACGACGCCAUCUUGGUGCUGGUGGAUUCUCUGAGCAAGAUGGCCCAUUUCAUACCUACGCGCAAGACCAGUUCAGCAGCAGACACGGUAGCGCUUUUGGCGGACCGAGUCAUUCGAUACCAUGGGUUCCCAGAGACCCUAGUCUCAGACAGGGACCCGCGCUUCACCUCGGAGAUCUGGGAGGCGCUGUGCUCGCGUUUCAACAUCAGACGAGCAUUGUCCUCCCCCUACCACCCACAGACAGACGGACAGACGGAGCGUGUGAACCGUACCCUCGAGCAGAUGCUGCGCACGUACAUACAGACGGACGAAAAGGAGUGGGAGCAUCUGUUACCGGCAUUAGAGCUAGCGUAUAACACCACACCCCACUCGUCCACAGAGCUCUCUCCGUUCGAAGUCAUGAUAGGAGAGAACCCCCUUACAGCGGCUGACCUGGACAUAGUGGGCACGUUACCCCCAACACUCUCUCCUCCCAUGACGAAACUCUUUCAGCGCCUCUGCGAAAGAGCACAGGCGCACAUCCUGCAAGCAAAGUGGAGACAGAAGUAUUACGCUGACUCUAGGAGACGUCCGAUGGAGUAUAAGGUUGGGGACCGACUGUGGAUUAGCAGCAGACAUUUACCGGCGCUAAAUGAGUGUGCCAAAUUGGAGCCUCGUUAUCGAGGCCCAUUUAAGGUAACCGAGAGGAUAGGAGAGGUAGCUUACCGAAUUGAUCUUCCAGGGAGCUACGCAGGACAUAAUGUCUUCCAUGUUUCACAGCUGAUUCCUCAUCAUCCUCGACCGGCUACACACAUGCCACAGGAUGCGCCAGUGGGGUGGCCGCCAGUGCAGGACGAGGCUGGGAACCCCACGGACCAAUAUCUCGUGGACUACAUACUGGACCAAAGAGGUACGGGGUCUUCUGCCACCUAUCUGGUCAAAUGGCGUGGCGCCCCAGAGGAACGGGCCACGUGGGAACCUGCACAUCAUCUCCAGGGUUGCCCUGCCUUAAUUAGAGCCUGGAAGCGACGCAGACGUAAACACAGUAAGAAUCGGAAUGAUGGGGAGCAGCCAGUGGAAGAUACAAGAACGGAAGAUGACCAGCUAAGGCGAGAGACCGUGAGGGAAGAGGAAUUCUACGAACAUGCCUGCACUACCUGA